AUGAAUAAAUACGUCAGUAAGGCAACGACGUCUCGCGGCUCUGCAAAGCCAUCUCGAAAACAGCGCUGGACGCAUUCAGACAGACAAUCUAUGAACGACUGGGCACAAUUACCAAAAGGAUGGAAUAUUGAUGAGCCAGACCUCGAUCCCCAGGAUCUGGAGGCUCAGAUCCAAAGAUGCAAGGAAAGAAUUAAAGACAACAUCAUGCCUUACAUUUUCAGGAUCAGAUUAAAGGUCCUAGAAGAGGCGAAAGCUAAUCGCGAUGCCAUCAUUGCUCCAUAUCAGGGACAAGGAUUAAGUUGGGAUGUCAUCCAGCGACUAGAAAGUCUGAAAGCUCUCAGAGAUGAGCUUAUGGCAAAUGGUGAUGCCUUUGAAGAACUGCCUAAUGUGGAUGCCAUUAUCAGAGCUUAUGAGUCUGGCGAUUUGAAAAUGGAUGGUCAGAUUACAUACUGGUCCUAUGGAAGAAUUAUCCACCGCUCGAAUGCAUUCGACUGGGAUCAGUUCUCGAGAGUCAAUCGCAUGUAUCAAGGUUUCAAGGCAUUCUGGGUUGAGCGAGGCGAACCAGGGCCAUCAUCUGUGAAUUCAUAUAAAGCCAUUUUCUCGGCAGAUAACGAUGGACAAUAUGUGGUCCCACUAGUCCUUAGACUGGGACAAGGCUUAAUGGAAGAUGAGGAAACAGCGAACACCGAGCCAGAAAUUGAAUUUGACUUUAUCGACGACACCGGCUGCGGCCCACUGAGGAUUUAUGCCGACGAUGUAGCCCUAAUCCAAGGACCAAAUGCUGCCAAUGGAAUCCAAUGGCCCUGGCCACAGCUUAUGGGGUACGAAUCAAUGAAGAGUGCGGACGGAACAGUCAGUUAUAUCCUCGCUAUCAUGGUCGAAGUCAAUAUGUACGAUGCUCCGAAAGACCACUCGAAUCGACAAUUGAUGAUCCCGGCAUGGGUCCCGGCGGUUGCUUUGGUCGAUCCCGGGAAAUCUAUAGGUCCGGCUGGGCCUAAUGAAAGGUUAAGUGGGCGUUGGAUGAGGUAUUCUCUCUUCACUGCGACAGCGCCAGGGCCUCAUCAGAGUCUUUAUAUCAGCUCCACAAAGACAGGGUUGACGGAAAGGAAUAUGCUACCGAAAGUUGAUGCAAAGGAUAUCAAGCCGAUGAGGCCGCUACGCUCCAGAAAUGGGGCUAUCAAGGGAAAGGAGGGACUUGAAGUACAUAACUUUCAGCCAUAA